ACGUAAUCAUGGUUCUGAGUCAGACAGGGGAGGGAAUGGGAAGGCGGAAGUGACGCAUGGGCCCGAGCGCCCUGGCCAUGGCGGCACCGGGAGAUGUGUCGGCGGCGGUGGGACCGGGGUCCUGAAGGGGAGGGACCGAGGACUGAGCAAACUCCGGCAGCUCCUUAAGUGGCCCUGUCUGCCCCCAGAUCUCCGCAGUGGCGGUCUGCUCCUCGUCACCAUGGCGACCCCAGCAAAUGCACAGAGCGCCAGCAAAACGUGGGAACUAAGUCUCUACGAGCUACAUCGGACUCCACAGGAGGCCAUCAUGGAUGGCACAGAAAUUGCUGUUUCCCCACGGUCCCUACACUCGGAGCUCAUGUGCCCAAUCUGCCUGGACAUGCUCAAGAAUACCAUGACCACCAAGGAGUGUCUCCAUCGCUUCUGCUCGGACUGCAUUGUCACUGCGCUGCGGAGCGGGAACAAAGAGUGUCCUACUUGUAGGAAGAAACUGGUAUCAAAGCGGUCUCUUCGGCCAGAUCCAAACUUUGAUGCCCUGAUCUCCAAAAUCUACCCAAGUCGAGAGGAAUAUGAGGCACAUCAGGAUCGGGUCCUUAUACGGCUUAGCCGCUUGCAUAACCAGCAAGCGCUGAGCUCUAGCAUUGAGGAAGGGCUCCGAAUGCAGGCAAUGCACAGGGCCCAACGUGUAAGGAGGCCAAUGCCAGAGUCAGACCAGACAACAACAAUGAGUGGUGGGGAGGGAGACCCUGGUGAGGGAGAGGGAGAUGGAGAUGGGGAAGAUGUUAGUUCAGAUUCUGCCCCAGAUUCUACUCCUGGCCCUGCCCCCAAGCGACCUCGGCCAGGGAUUGUGGGAGGGAACAGUGGAGGAACAGGGGGAGGGGCUACUGGAGGUAUAGGUGGGGGAGCAGGCUCUGAGGAUUCUGGGGACCGGGGUGCCCCACUGGGUGGAGGGACCCUGGGUCCACCAAGCCCACCUGGGGCUCCCAGUCCUCCUGAGCCAGGAGGAGAGAUCGAGCUUGUGUUCCGGCCCCAUCCUCUGCUGGUUGAAAAAGGAGAAUACAGUCAGACUAGAUAUGUGAAGACAACAGGGAAUGCCACAGUUGACCACCUCUCCAAGUACUUGGCUCUAAGGAUUGCACUUGAACGGAGGCAGCAACAAGAGGCAGGGGAACCUGGGGCACCAGGUGGAGGAGUCCCAGAAGCUGGAGGACCUGAGGGAGGUGGGGGGGAGGCACCUAGAACUGGAGGAACUGAUGGAACAGAGGAGCCAGCCUUGCCCAGCCUGGAGGGUGUCAGUGAGAAGCAGUAUACCAUCUACAUCGCACCUGGGGGAGGAGCUUUCACGACUUUGAAUGGCUCACUGACCCUGGAGUUGGUGAAUGAGAAGUUCUGGAAGGUGUCCAGACCCCUGGAGCUGUGCUAUGCCCCAACUAAGGACCCCAAGUGA